AUGGCUUUAGGAAACCAUAGGAGUUUGGAGAAUACAGUGAAUAGGGUCUAUCAUGAUCAGCUUGUUCCAAAGAUAAACACAAGCAAGAAAAUGGCCACCUUGGCAAAUCCACCUACCAUCUUGGAAAUGCCACAGGAGAUUAAGAAAAACUGUGGAGGCAAACAGGUAGAAAUCACAGUUGAAAGAAUAAAAAUGACAAAGAGCAUCAAAGAAAAACAAAACCAUGAUUUAGAGAGAGUAGCCUUUAAAAGAAAGGCAGAAGGUGAAGACAAGCCAGCUGGAAAGAAAGAGGCAAAGAUAAUAGAACUUGACAAUCAAUUAAUCACCAUGCCUCUGCCUCACAUCCCCUUAAAGAACAUAAUGGAUGUGGAAAUGAAGUUGGUGUAUGUUGAUGAAGAGAGUGUGAGCUAUGAGUUCGCAGAGUCCCUCAUGUCCACUGGGAUUCAGCCAACAUGCCGAGCUGCUGAAAUAGUAGACCCUUUGAGUGUACCUAAUUUCAGUUUUCCGCCUCAGAUUGACAAAUGGCUUCAGGUUGCCUUAAAGGAUGCCAGCUCUUGCUAUAGACAAAAGAAAUACGCCGUGGCAGCAGGACAGUUCAGAACAGCACUUGAGCUUUGCAGCAAAGGGGCAGCUCUGGGAAGGCCAUUUGAAGCAUCUGCUGAAGAUAUAGCAAGCGUGGCAAGUUUCAUCGAGACAAAGCUUGUUACGUGUUAUCUACGGAUGAGAAAACCCGACCUUGCUCUGAAUCAUGCACACAGGAGCAUUGUUUUAAACCCAGCCUAUUUCCGAAAUCAUCUCCGUCAGGCAACAGUGUUCAGAUGUCUGGAGAGAUAUUCAGAAGCUGCCCGGAGUGCCAUGAUUGCCGACUACAUGUUCUGGCUCUGUGGAAGAAGUGAGCAGUAUAUAAGCAAGCUCAUCAAACUGUACUGGCAGGCAAUGAUUGAAGAAGCUAUCACCAGAGCUGAAUCCUUCUCAGUGAUGUACACACCAUUUGCAACAAAAAUAAGAGCUGAUAAAAUAGAAAAAGUAAAAGAGGUUUUCUCAAAAACUCACCCUGCAUAUGUGGAUUAUAUCUACACAGAUCUACAAGGACUCCAUGUGUUGCCUCAGACAGCUGACUGGUCGUCUUUUCCUCCCCAACAAUAUCUCUUGACUCUUGGGUUCAAAAACAAAGAAGAUGGGAAAUUUUUGGAAAAAAUAUCAAGUAGGAAGUUGCCAACAUUUACUGAACACAAAAUGCCCUUCGGUCUGCUGACCAGAGAUGACACCGUGAGACACAUGGAGACAAUGGGGAAGCACAUCUUGCCAAUACUGGAUUUUAUCAGAAGCACCCAAUUAAAUGUAGCCAAAAGAACAAAUAAUUCUGUCUUGGAAAAACUGCAGUCACUAAUGGCAGAUGCUAUGGACACCCUUGAAGGAAGAAGAAAUGAUAAAGAACGUGUGUGGAAUACAGUCCAAAAGGUUGGGCGAAUUGAAGAUUUUCUAUACCAAUUAGAGGACAGUUUUCUAAAAACUAAAAAACUGAGAACGGCUCGAAGGCAAAAAACGAAAAUGAAGCGGCUUCAAACCACACAGCAAAGCUAG